UCUUGAUAGUACAUAUGAAGUAAGAUAAAGGGUUAGCCACCGCUAUGGCACCAAAGGCAAAGAUGCGCAAGGCUGUAGGUGCAAAGUUCAAGCUGACUGAGCCACACAGCCAAACGUUUCAAGAUAAAGAGACCAAGGAUACUGGAACGGAGGAGCAAGCUUUGAAGGCGAAACUGCCGCUGAAAAGAAAGCGGGGAUCCAAAGCAACCAAAACUGAUAAGCCUGGUGUUGAGACAUCAGCACAUGCGACGGAAGCUGAGGAAGCUCCUCCUAAGACUAAACGAACAAGUCAGGCUCUUUUCCGGACCGACGCUUCAUUCUCAAAGCUCGGAUUAGCCAAUUGGAUUGUACAGACCUGUGGGAAACUUGGCAUGAACUACCCUACAGAUAUACAAGCAAUGUGUAUUCCGCACGUUCUGGCUGGCAAGAACUUGGCAGGCAAUGCCAGAACCGGAAGUGGCAAGACCGCCUGCUAUAGCAUGCCAAUCCUACAUCACUUGUCAAAAGAUCCAUACGGAGUUUUCGCCCUGGUGCUAGUGCCGGUUCGCGAGUUGGCAUUUCAAGUCACCGAGAAUUUCCGUGCAAUGGGUCAAUCAAUCAAUGUGAAGGUUGGGGAGAUAGUGGGUGGACGAGACUUCUCCAUCCAAAGCCAGAUGAUUGCAGAUCGAACUCAUGUGCUGGUCGCAACUCCUGGCCGGUUGGCAGAUCUUUUGCGAGGCGAUUUUGCCCUUGCAAAGGCCUUUCGGAAGUUGCACACACUUGUGUUGGACGAAGCUGACCAGUUGUUGACUCAGACCUUUGAGGAACCGCUGGGCAAUAUACUGGAAUUGUUACCCAAAUCCCGUCAGACUUUGUUUUUUUCUGCAACCAUCACCCAGUGCAUUCAGAAAUUGAAGCAAGGAAGGGACAAAGAGCUCACAUUUGUCGAUGCCAAUCCUAACGAGGAGAGCUUGGAGAAUUUGACGCAGUUGUAUGUCUUCGUGCCUAAGUCAGUGCAGGUAAACUACUUACAUUAUUUGCUGAAAAACAAUUUUCCAGAGGAUAGCUGCAUUGUGUUUGCGCCCACUAUUGAGGAAUGCCAGCUUUACACCACGAUGCUUGACAUUUUGGGCUUUGAAGUUACUGGACUUCAUUCGCUUCAAACACAGAGACAAAGGCUAGCAAGCUUAGGAAAGUUCCGGGCCAGUCGUGCAAAGAUCCUCAUUGCGACUGAUGUGGCUAGUCGGGGCUUGGAUAUUCCCAUGGUAGCAGUUGUGAUGAAUGUAGGGCUGCCCUUUGAUUCCGAUUCCUAUGUCCAUAGGGCUGGGCGAACUGCAAGAGCCGGGCGGCCUGGCAAGGUGGUCUCAUUGAUGAGUGAAUUCGAUGUCCCUCGGGUGGAAGCAAUUGAGAAACGAAUUGGCAAGCAACUGCAGCUACUGGAGACAAAAGAGGAAGAUGCCAUCAAGCUUUUGUCGAAGACCACCAAGGCUCAACAACGUGCAGAGCUUUUGUUGUCGGAGCUUGGCUUCACAGAUCAAGUCACUGAGCAUCGAGGGGCUGUUCGAGCCCAGAAGCUCUCUAAAGAAAAGAGCCUCAAAAACCCAGUCAAUCCGGAAGAGGUUGCCAAGGAUCAUACCACGGUUUCGGCUCUCAAAAAGACGCCAAAAAGGAAGAAGCCAGCACAGCCGGCACGACCGACACCUUCAUAGGUGCGUCCUAAGGACUUGCCAGAGGGUUGAAGGUUGGAGG